AUGCCGGAACAUUACCCAGUUAUAUUUGGAUACGUGUUCUGUAUAACUGGAGAGCAAUUCCCUAGUUCACGUCGUUUGCUGAUGCCAAAAAUAUCCAAAGAAGAGUCUCCCACCAUUUUAGCAGCUUCAAGCAUCCAUCAUCAAGCAGAGAGCACACGGGGCGCGGUGUGCGGCGACCCUGAUGACCUUGUUGUACACUGCACUUUGGCAGCUGGGCAGCUGAACAGGAGACAGCCUGUGGUUCCUCACUCACUUCUGGUAGAGAGGAAACAGUCACAUAAACUGAUACCUCUGCAAGAGCUGCCAAAAAAGGCAGGAAAUCAAACUGUUGGACCUAUUGGAAUAUUCCGUUUUGCUGAUAGUCUGGACAUUGCACUCACGACAUUGGGGAUACUAACUCCUUUAAUGUCUCUGGUUUUAGAAGAAAUAAGUGAUCAUUUUAUUAAUGGAUGCCUACUCCAAACUAACAGAACAAACUAUCAGAACUUCUCUCAGUCUCAAGAGAAGGUGAAUGAAGAUAUCAUUAUAAAAGUGGUCAUCUCAUUGACCAGUAAGGAAGUUGAUGCCUAUUCCAAAGUUGGGGCUGUAGCUGAAGAAGUCUUGUCAUCAAUCCGAACAGUCACAGCCUUUGGAGCCCAAGAGAAAGAAACCCAAAGGCAUACACAGAAUCUAAAAGACGCAAGGCAUGCUGGCAUAAAGAAGGCUGUAGUUUCCAAACUCUCUCUUGGCGCCAUCUCCUUUUUCAUGAAUGGAGCCUAUGGAUUGGCUUUUUUCCAUACCUCCUUAAUUUUCAGUGCAGAGCCUGGCUACACCAUCGGAACUAUUCUUGCUGUUUCCUUCACUGUGAUCCAUAGUAAUUAUUGCAUUGGAUCUGCAGCCCCUCACUUGGAAACCUUCGCCAUAACACGGAGAGCUGCUACAAUUCUCCCACACCAAGCUGCCUUUAAUAUUUUUCAGGUUAUUGAUAAGAAACUCAAUAUAGAUAACUUCUCAACAACUGGAUAUAAGCCUGAAUGUGUACAAGGAAACAUAGCAUUUGAAAAUGUUUCUUUCAGCUAUCCAUCAAGACCGUCUGUCCAAAUUCUCAAAGGUCUCAAUCUCAAGAUUAAUUCUGGAGAGACAGUAGCUUUGGUUGGUCCCAGUGGCAGUGGCAAGAACACAACAGUCCAGCUUCUGCAAGGCCAUACGACCCAAAGAAGGCUGCGUAAACCGGGAGAUGGCUCGAUCACAGUGGACAAGAACGACAUCCAAGAUCAAAACGUGAGGCAUUACUGAGAGUACAUUGGAGUGGUCAGCCAAGAGCCCGUUUUGUUUGGGAAUAUUGGUAACAAUAUUAAGUUUGGGCGUGAAAGCGUUAGUGAAGAAGAGAUGGAGCAGGCAGCAAAGGAGGCGAAUGCCUACGACUUCAUAAUGGCCUUUCCUAAGAAAUUUAACACACUAGUGGGGCUCAAGCAAGGAGCUCAAAUUAAGCAAGGAGCUCAAAUGAGUGGAAGAGAGAAACAGAGAAUCACCAUUGCUCAAACGUUAGUUUGAAACCCCAAAAUUCUGAUCUUAGACAAGGCUACAUCUGCCCUUGAUGCAGAAAGUGAGUCAGUUGCUCAAACUGUACUGGAGAAGGAUAUUAAAGAAGCUGAUGAACAAAUGGAGGUAACGACAUGUUCCACUGAGGAAAAAAAAAGCUCUGUUUCUCUGUGUGAUGUGAGCAUCUCCAAGUCCCUCUGUGCUGACCAGUCUGAGGAAGUCAUCCUCCGUCAAAAGACAAUUCUUCCUGAAGUUUCACUAUUAAAAAUACUUAAAUUAAACAAGUCUGAAUGGUCCUCUGUUGUUCCAGGCACACUGACUAAUGUCCUAAAUGGAUCUGUUAACGCAACGUUUUCUAUCAUCUUUACAAAAUUAGUCGCUAUGUGUGAAAAUGACGGUAAAACCACAUUAAAACAUGACACGGAACUCUACUCCAUGCUCUUAGUCAUCUUGGGCUCUGCUGCUCUUGUUGCGUACCUGAUGCGGGGGUUGUUUAAUGGACAAGCAGAGGAAAAUUUAGCCAUGAGAUUAAGACACUUGGCUUUCAAAGCCUUGCUGUAUCAGGAUAUGGCCUGGUGUGAUCGUGAAAACAACGGAGCCUUGACCACAACAUUAGCCGUGGAUUUAGCACAGAUUCAGGGGGCAGCAACUUCGAGACUUGGUAUCAUAACCCAAGAUGUGACCAGCAUGGUGCUGUCUGUUCUUCUCUCCUUCAUACAUGGGUGGGAGAUGACUCUCCUGAUUUUCAGCUUCGCACCUGUCCUCAUAGUGACGGGGAUGAUUGAGACUGAGGCAGUGGCUGGAUUUGCCAGCAGGGAUAAGCAAGAACUCAAGCGUGCUGGUAAGAUUUCAACAGAAGCUGUGGAGAACAUUGUACUGUCAUUAACACGAGAAAAUGCCUUUGAUCAAAUGUACGAGGAGAUGCUUCAGACCCGACACAGAAAUGCCUUGAAGACCGCACACAUCACUGGAAGCUGUUAUGCGGUCGGCCACGCUUUUGUGUAUUUUCCCCAUGCAGCAGGAUUUCAAUUUGGAGCCUAUUUGAUUCAAGCUGGACGGAUGACACCGGAAGGCAUGUUCACAUGAGUUGUAGUUCUUACUGCCUUUGCUUAUGGUGCUAUAGCCAUUGGAGAAACACUUGUUUAGACUCCAGAAUAUUCCAAAGCCAAAGUUGGAGCUGCACAUCUGUUUUCUUUGCUGAAAAAGAAACCAACUAUAGACAGCUGCAGUCAAAGUGGGGAAAAACUAGUAAGCGCAACUAGAGUUUACACGUUCACUUUCUUAGUAUGAGUAUUGGCUUCGUGAAUGCUAAGCACUAAGAAAGGGAAGACUGUGGCAUUUGUUGCGAGCAGCGGCUGUGGAAAAAGCGCUUGUGUUCAGCUACUGCAGAGAUUUUAUGACCCCAUGAAAGGACAAGUGCUGCUUGAUGGUGUUGAUGUAUGGGAACUGAACAUGCAGUGGCUGCGUUCCCAGACAGCCGUCGUCUCCCAGGAGACUGUGCUCUUCAAGUGCAGCAUCGCUGAGAACAUCGCCGACAGUGAUAGCAGCCACAUGGUGCCCUUAGAGGAGAUCAAAGAGGUCGCAGAUACAGCCAACAUCCAUUCUUUCAUAGAAGGCCUCCCCAGGAAAUACAACUCUCAAGUUGGACUGAGAGGAGUGCAGAUUUCCUGUGGCCGGAAACAAAGACUUGCUAUUGCAAGGGCUCUUCUCCGAAACCCAAAAAUUUUACUGCUGGAUGAAGCCACUUCAACCCUUGACAAUGAGAGCGAGAAGGUGGUUCAGCAUGCCCUUGAAAAAGCCCAGAGAGGGAGGACCUGCCUCGUGGUGGCUCACAGAUCACUCUCCACAGUACAAAAUGCAGAUCUGAUAGAAGUUCUACAAAAUGGAAAAAUCAAAGAGCAGGGAAUGCAUCAGGAACUCCUGAGAAACAGAGACACAUACUUUGGAUUAGCAGCUGCACAGUUCGCAGCGGUUCACCCGCAGGGCACAAAAGAGCAGCUAGGCAGAGCUGAGUGGGGAGAGCUAAAUUCUGCUAACCCAGUCAGGGUGCAGCAGCAGGCCUGCGUGCAGGGCAGUGCUCUACGUGGGACAGCGGCACAAGGGCGCGCUCAGGGGUCCGGGCAGGGCGCCUUGCCCGACCUUCAGCUUCUCCCUCCUCGCAGCUUCAGCUCAAGCCGGUUGAGCUUUGCGCUUUCCACGGUCGCAGAGGCCGAGGGCGGGUCUAUCAGAUACCCGGUUCACCCCAUUUCAACUCCAGAGGUUUCUGCCCCCUCGUAG